GCCGCGGCUCCUUUAAACCUUCAGCACCGCCCCCACCGACCCGCCCCCGGCGCGGCCGGGGUCUGGUUGGCCGCGGGGUCGGCUCCGCGCGGGCCGCUAUGGAGCUGCACAUCCUAGAGCACCGGGUGCGGGUGCUGAGCCUCGCCCGCCCCGGUCUCUGGCUCUACACCCACCCGCUCAUCAAGCUGCUCUUCCUGCCCCGCCGAAGCCGGUGCAAGUUCUUCAGCCUAACGGAGACUCCUGAGGAUUACACGCUCAUGGUGGACGAGGAGGGCUUCAAAGAGCUGCCCCCAUCCGAGUUCCUGCAAGUGGCUGAGGCUACGUGGCUGGUGCUGAAUGUGUCAUCCCACAGCGGUGCAGCAGUGCAGGCUGCUGGGGUCACCAAGAUUGCCCGCUCAGUUAUCGCACCACUAGCCGAGCACCACGUGUCUGUGCUGAUGCUGUCCACUUACCAGACAGACUUCAUCCUGGUGCGGGAGCAGGACCUGUCCGUGGUGAUCCACACGCUGGCCCAGGAAUUCGAUAUUUACCGAGAGGUGGGCGGGGAGCCUGUGCCUGUUGCCAGGGAUGAUUCCAGCAAUGGCUUUCCCCGUGCCCAGCAUGGGCCCAGCCCCACGGUGCAUCCCAUCCAGAGCCCACAGAACCGCUUCUGUGUCCUCACUCUGGACCCUGAGACGCUGCCAGCCAUCGCCACCACCCUUAUCGACGUCCUCUUCUAUUCACACAGUGCCCCAAAGGAGGCAGCCUCUGGUGGUCCUGGAUCCAGCUCCAUCACCUUCUUUGCCUUCUCCCUCAUUGAGGGCUACAUCUCUAUUGUCAUGGACGCUGAGACGCAGAAAAAGUUCCCCAGUGACCUGCUGCUGACCAGCUCGUCCGGGGAGCUGUGGAGGAUGGUGCGCAUUGGCGGACAGCCCCUGGGCUUUGAUGAGUGUGGGAUUGUGGCCCAGAUCGCAGGACCCCUGGCUGCAGCUGACAUCUCUGCCUACUACAUCAGUACCUUCAACUUCGACCACGCUCUGGUGCCUGAGGACGGCAUCGACAGUGUCAUUGAGGUCCUCCAACGCCGGCAGGAGGGCCUGGGCUCCUGAGUCCCAGGGGCACAACAGCCUCCAGGCUCUCCUCUCACCCUCAGGCUUCCAGAGACUUCUCUAAGCUAUUUCCUUAAACUCUGGGAUGUUCCUGCCGGGGGACCCCUCCUUCUGCUCUGUGUAUGUAAGCUGUGCACAGGCACCAGCCCUCAGGUGGACACGUGUCUGCCCAACGCAGGGGAACACGGUGCUUGGGACUUCCUCCAGGAAGCCCUUAACCCAUCACUCCCUGCGGGGCCUCGGCAUUUGCACAUUCCCUGCCUGGGGCUGGAGCUUUCUGCCAUCAGUACCCUGGGCCAGGCCGGCAGGGCUGCUGCCUGGACAGGGCCCUGAUCUCCGUUCUGCCUCUGGCUGGGUUGCCUUCCCUGGCCAGGCGAAUUCUGACAGUGCCUUCCCUUUCCGGAGCCUCCAAGAAAAGUAUUUUUACAUCUUUCUCUCUUUCUCUCCCUCUUCUCUCUCUCUCACUCUCUCUCUCUCUCUACUGUUUUUAAUCAACUUGUUAAUAAAGAGCUUGUAGUGAGCAG